AACCUGUUGACUUCAUUUAACUUAACGUGCACAACAUAACAAAAAUAGGUUGAAUACUCUUCUUUUUUUUUUCAAAUGAAGUAUGAUUGACUUUUGUCAAACAUUUUCUUUUAAUCAGAUCGUCUAAACGACUGAACUGUGUUUUCAAGAAUUUUGAGAAUUUUUGUCGCCAUGGAAACAAAAUUUAUAAAAUUUCGGUCUUUACACGUCUUUUGUCAUUUGAUAUAUCUAUUAUGCGAUACAUUUUUAAAACGUUUCACCUUCAAUUGAUUGAAGGUAGGAAGUGUUAGCCGCGAUAAAAAUCAAUAUGCCAGCGAACGCAGGCUCCUAUGAUAGGGAGAUGUAGAGUCGGAGAAGGUAGCAAGUCUUUUCCAGUACACGGUAUCACCGCGGGCUAUUGUUUUACUGGUUUUAGUAGCAAAAUACAAUAAGGACUCUGUUGACGUUUGGUUGAAAGAUUAGCUGUAAGACGCAAGGUUUCUUGUCCGUUUGUGAAUAGACGCUUUGGAGUAUGUGAAUUGAAUUGGAACGUAAAAAUUUGGGUGUAAAUGCGGCUUUUCUUAUUCGAUCCAUGAAAUACAAUAAUUUUUCCUUGUUUCAAUUUCAAAGGACAGAUUCAUUUUCAGAUUAUAAUGUUUAGGUCAUCUAGUCAACCUUCGGGAAUUAUAUGUGUAAAAGCAAUUGACGUGAUGUGUGUUUGAUUGUGACAUAAACGAGCGUUUGUUUGCUUACGAUGAAUGGUGUAUAUAUAUAUUUUCCGUUACGCACGUGGUAAAAACGCGAACUGCGGGGAAUAUGUUUAAGACUGGCAAACGCUCAGAACCCGUUAAUAACUAGAUAGAAGAUGUUAAUGUAAUUACAAGGAUACCGAGUUAGCAGUGUCAGAUUGUUUUCUCCUGGGGAGUUUAAUAUUUAAUAGUGUUACAUUUGCAUACUUUUUCAACAUUGUUUCCAUGUAAGAGAUAUGCGGAUUCUUGUCAAGUGCGAAGGCAAUAAUUAUUCGAAAUAGUGACUACAGAGCGUGAGAUGACACCUCCAUGAUUCACAAGUCCUCUUGUUGAUGUUUCAAAUAUUACGACAUCCUUGUUCCGAUUUUCGGUCACUUGAACUAUGACCUCAACCUUGUUGGGAAUAAUAUAACGUUCUCCUUGUGGAAUACAAUAUUGUGUUGCUGGCUUCAUCUUCCUAGGACUUUAAACCCAGUCACUGACAGAGGAUUUUUAUUAGCGUCUCUAAAUACGUUGGCUUUUGACAGCUAUGGGUCUCACUGGAAAGAUUGAGGUAUAUAUUAAAACUUCCUCUUUUUAAUCUAAUAGUAAAAUGUAACUUGAUAUGGUGCUUCUAAAUCAAAAAUAAAUAUCAGAGGUAAAACAUAUGUAUAUAAAGUGUUCUAAACAUAAUUAGAGUUGGGAUAAUUCUAUUAAAUUGUCGUACUGCAAACAUGAGUAUUGAAUAACUGGAAACUAAUUGACAAAUGUAUUGAGAGUUAUUUGCAAAGGAAAUGUCCUUAGAUUAUAAUCAUUUGUGCUCUUCUCAGCUUUUCUAGUAUUCUAUUCAAAACAUAGCCAAAGUUACAGAUUCAAUUUUCUUUAUAAAUUCAGCGGUUUCUUUCAGUUGUAUUUUACUUGUUUUAUUGGUUCUCAGUCUAUGGUCUACAGAGUCAAGAGGAAAAAGAAAUUAAAUUUAUUGAUUUCGGAUGAAAAGUAAUUAAUUACAUUGUGGUAUAUGAUUUGAGAAAUUUGCCGUUUCUAUCUGCAAACAAAUAUUAAUAGAUUAUUAAUUCUUUUUUUCCAAUAUCCAUUGUUUCGCGAUUCAGUGCUUACUACUGUAUAGUAAUAAAGAUUAAUGGGGGUUUUGAUACAGAACUUAUUCUUUGUCUUUCCUUCAUGUUUCGUCUAUAAUCUGUAGUCGUGCACAACCAUAAAUAAUUGUUCACUUUACAUUUCGGUGUCCUCCUCGAUGAUAUUUAAGGCUCCGUACCACAAUGCCUGCCUCAUUACUUGUAAUUUAGAUAACGUUACGCCAAAGUAAAAGUCGAUUGAAAAAAUGAUUUGGAGGCUACAUCGUGUCUUUUUUGGUUAGAUAGACGGGCCUGAUGGAAUUAUGAUCGAUUUCGCGCUACUCGUUGUCCGCGAGGGAUUAUUGAAGGAAAGGUUCAUCUUUGCACGGUUCCACUAUCAAAAAAAAAAGUCUAACGCGGAAAAACAAGAAUGUAGUUGCAAGAAAAAGAUUGUCAUAGAAACCAACUUAAUAAGGGAGUAUUAAGAGAAGGAAGUAGACUGAUAUCAUUUACAUUAAGCAUUUGCAAAAAGAAAAUGUUUUAAAGUAAGAAACAAAACAUGCCAUAAUCUAAAAAGUUUUAUGAUUUUUUUUAAAAUGCACAUUUCAGUCUUAAGUAUGAUGUAAAUGAGGAUUUAUUUAUCGCAUAGUGUCAUAUUUUGGGAACGAUAUGCUCAUCUUUCAGCUUAAAUCAAUGAGUUUCAGCAUAAAGGGUUCUGUCGAUCUCUUAUCGGUCUUCUGUUUUCCGAUAUAUUACUUAGAUACACCGUCACCCCUGGCGUUUUAUUGUUUUCUGAUUGCCCUUUCCUCUCUCACUAGAAUACAUGUAACCCUGCAUUGGUUCGAAAUAUUCAGGAUUUUUACAUACUAGUAUAUUUUAACGCAUGCAUCUGAACAUGUUGCAUCUAUAUUUAUUUAUACAUUUCUGACAACUCUGACACUAAAUGCAUUUACACCACGACUUGUCGUCAUUCUAUCAUAAUAAAAUUCCAACGAGCAGUGUUGUAGCAAUUAUAACUAAACAAUGAAAGCAUUUUCUUAGCAAUUUACUGAUUCUGGGGAUCUAGUCUGACACGUUGUUUUGUAUGAUUUGUAGUCUAUCGCUUCUUCUAUAGUUCUCGACAAACAGAAGGGGGAAAAAAUCGAUUUUCAAAUAUUUUUGACAAGGGAGAAAACUUAUAUAAUUGCAUAUAAGGUAUUAUUUUCAACAGGUAAACCGAACAAUAGGUACACCGGUUCAGCUGUCCGGAAGUGUGUAAUAACUACUCUCGGACUUGUAAAGAUAAGUUGACAUUCCAUCAGACUCAAAAUGUGUCUCAAAAUACACGUAUAUAGCCUCGGGUGUCUGGUGUGCUUAGUCACUAUAGAUACUAUGUCUGUUUAUCUAAAUAUACAAGUUUCUCUGAGAUCUGUAAAAUCAACCAAGUAAGAAAUGAGGUUCACAUAAAAACGGAGAUAAAUACCACCGCAUGUGCUGCUUUUUUACAAUUUAUAGAUCAUACCACGUUUUCAAUUUGCUGAACCAGUUGGAGUGAUUUUGAUCUUUUCGUAUAUACUUGUGAUUAGCACGGGAAUUCAUCUUUAUUCAAAUCUUAAAUUUCUGAAUAAGAAUGUGGAGAAAAAUAUACUUGAAGUGACAAAUAGUUGAUAGAAGGUGUAUGCACUCAUAUUGGCGACGAGAAAAUAUGAAAGUGAUUUUAGAAUAAUCUUGUAAAUCAAACUUUUGUUUUCAAAUCGUUAUAUUGAAAAGGCGCUUCAGGAAAUUGAAGUUGGGUAAGAGGUAUUUUGAAGAUGCAUUCUAUGUAUAAAAAAGGAAAUCAUCAAUAUUACUAAUUGUAUCAUAUUCAUUUUCACACACACAUACACUUAAAAUAGAUUAACGUUAGAACAGGUAGGACUAUUUAUUACAAUGGGUCACAAACCACCAGAAGGAUAGAGGUUUUUUCUUUAAAUCCUUGGCGACAGACAUUAGUCAGACGUGUGGGGGUAGAGAAGUUUAUCUGAAUUCAAAACAUUUUAUUUUGAAUAUCCAAGGCUACACCUGUACACACAGGAAAUCAUUCGCCUUGAUAAAGUAUUUGUGUUGGUCAUAAAGUUCGGCAAAAUCCACCUUUCUUUUAAAACUCUGUUACCAUGCGAGGUGAUUUGCCUUUGUGAGGAGUAAGAGAGCUUUAAAAGCUCGUGUAACCGGGUAUAAUGAAACGUUUCCAUAACGACACAAGUUCAAUUAUUGAUGUUCAUCCAAGCCCAAAAUUCUCAACUUAUGGGGCCCUGCAAGGGCUAGCUGCAAUUCAAUGAAUUUAUUGAAAAAAAAAUGAUUAAAAAUAAUGAAAAUUGAGAUGCGUAACAGAUUAUUGUGGAAAUUAGAUGAAGAAAUCUUUUUAGAUCUUUCUUUCAGGGGAUCAGCAUUGACAUAUCUAUGAUAGUAUAUAUAAAGGAUGAGUCAUAUUCUGAUCCCCAGUCCCCAUUCACGUUGGACGAUCUCCUGUCUGCCUCGCUCCUUAAAUCUCGUGUUGAUCAAGCCCCUCUCUUUCAACUUGUGAUUUGGUCCCCCCCCCCCCAUACUUUCUCAUUUCUACCCCAGUCCAGCGUUCUUUAUACGUCACUCACCUUUUACAGAUCAAAUUAUGGAUGUAAUUAAGACCAUGAAGGUAUUUAACUUCUCUAUUGCAUUAGGAGUCUUUAGAGUUCAGUAACAUUUGUGACCAUUUUUAAACUGUUAGUUUAUCGAUCACCACAAUUGAUCUUGAUGGCGGAUAUUUACAAAAGUUUGAGUUGUUUGAAUUCCUUAGGAAGUCUCUCCUUAGUAGGGCUGUAUAAGCCAUUGAUACUGAAUUCAAAAGACUAUUAAAUGUGCUUGAGAAAGUGAAACAAAAAAAUGAAACAUGCACCAGCUGUCGACUUUGAAUUGUGUUCUAUGCUACUCGUAAUAAGAACCACAAAAAGCUUUUUAAAAUCUUCAUGUCCUUCGUGUAUAACUGUAUCCUUACACGCUGUAUAUCUAACGUCUGCACCCUCCUCAACGAUUCGGAACCCCUCUCUUGUAUUGUGUGACUCCAAUAACGAAUUUAUGAAGGGUAGCGAAUACUCGCCUCUCACUGGUGUCAACAAUACCAAAAAGUCGACAUCUAAUUCCUCGUUUAAAAAUUGUCUCAUUGUUGGUAUUUGUCAUGAUGUAUCACGGGGAUCAAUGUACCUUACUCGUGUACCCACAGUGAAAGGCCCAGACAGGACUGGUCUUAUGUUAGUGAUAUAGGUGCGUUUUAAAAUUGGAGGGAAUUUAUUAAUUGAACGACGACACAGAAUGAUCAGUCUCUGUAACACAAGGAAAAACAUCGAAAGAUUUGACUUUUGUAAGAAGAUGAAGGUAAACUAUCUCAGACAUGUUUAAUGUUAAAGAUUUCACGUAACUGGUUCUUUCUGUAAGUUGAUGAAGGGUAACCAUCAUGCAUGUAUAUGUGUGUAAUACAGGUGUAAAAUAACCCGGUCAUCGUGUAGAAUCACGACCAAUCGUUCCUGUAGAAUUUCAAGUUAAUCGUCUCUUGGAUUUUCAUUUGUGUUUUCUGAAGUGAUCAUUGUAUAUAAAAUAUUAUAUAUAAAAUAUUAGCAGACCACCCAUCUGUAAAUGUUAAGAAGAUCGACAGAGUUAUCUCCCUCGUAUCGUGGAUCACGCUUGUUUUAAAAGCAUGUGUAAAAACAAAACCAGAUAAGACACAAAUUUAUUUUCUUUGUUUUAGUUUAGAAACCGUAAGAACUCGACGGAAAAACAAACGAAAUGCACACAACGAUACCAUCUCCAAUGUCCAUUAAAUAGAAUAAACAAUAAUCUUCUGAUGGGCUGAUAUGACCAAAAAGUUCUAAGCGCGGCUUACUACGGGAGAUCACUCUAAUAUCCUUCGUUUGAAUACAAGAGUUAUCUUCUCAUACACUCAGCACCAUCAGCAAUCGAUGUUGCACAGAUGUGUUUUCCAGGUGAUCUGUAAUUAUGCCGUGAUCAAGAGAGUCAGGAAUAAAUGUUAAGGAAUAUAGAUUGGUAAUACACGUGACAAAAUCUGAGACCAGAGUAUGUUUUCACCCAUUGGAAAAUAUUCUGAUGCAUUGUAAUCAGGUAGUCAGGUAUGUCACGUGAUAAUGGGUCAUGUAAUGAGAAAAAAAUAAAUAUUUUCUGAUGUUGACAAGAGAUAUAUGUUCAGGUUAUGCAUACAUGAUAUGCACAUAUAGGUCUAUAUAGAAAUAGCCAUUUAUGUCGCGCCGAUAUAAAAUAUUUUGACAUCUGCUGUCUGGGUUAUUUAUAUAAAGCCAUAAUGAGACAGUAAAAAUAAAUGUCAAUAAUUUCGAAAUUGUCCUGGACUAAGUACAGUGCAUUAUUAGUACACCUAUACAAAUUAGAGAGUAAACAUUUUACACAGAAUAUUGACAAAGCAGGAAAUGAAUAAUAAAGAUUUAAAAAGUAAAUUUUAAAAAAAAAUAAAAAAAUGAAAUCGAAGUCUAAAAACUUCACUCUUUUUUUUCUGUUCUGUAAUUCCGGAUCUUAAAUACACUUGUUGUAAAACUCAGGUAUAUUGACUAUAUAGCUGUCGCCAUCGAAAUGUAAAACACAGGUGCAUUGACUACCUGUCCCCACCGAUAUAUUUGUAUACAUUAACUAUAUUUCCCCGCAAUUGUAAAAUUGUUAAUCGAUGGAUUCGUAUGUCUUUUAUUCUUAUGAUGAGAGCCUGUAAAACAACAUUGUUGUAACAGAUGUGCUGAAUAUCUUACUUGGAUUAAAAAUUGUGUUCAUUGCCCGUUUCCCCGUGUAUUCGAACUCCAGUUGUAAUUGGGCUCCAGUGCCUCUUAUCUUUUAAAUAACGUUGCCAUGGAAAUUUUUUCUCUGAAAUAACGAGAAAACGUCUGAAUUUGUUAUUUUGAUUUUCUCAAAGAGGCUGGAUAUAAGUGUAAAAAAAAUUCCUCUGUUUAGUGUUUGUUAGUUAUUAGGGAUCUCCGAUUGAUACAUGCGUCAGACAAAACCUCAUUCUUUCUGGAAUAUUGUGCGCUGAGAAUUUUGCGAAGCUAUAAAACGAAAGACUGUGGUAAACAAAUGAUUGAAUUUAAAUGUGCUACAUCGACUAUAUAUUAGAAGAAAACAAAUAGACCUUUUCAUAUUUAAAAGUAACAUCAAAAGGACAACUACAUUACUCGCACAUAACUGUAUCCUCGGAAAGGUGAAGUUAAAUCCCAGGCCGUGUUUACUUUUUGGUUGUCAUGUUUACAAAUGACUAAAAAUAUGACUUGCCUUUUUAUUUAGGAAAAUUUAACUUUAUCAACCCGCGCCAUUCGUCAUUGUUCUCUAAUCAGUUGAAAUAUUCACCUCAGAAAUUACGAGGGAGUACCAGGGAAGAGUGUACAUGCCGUUAAAGUGAUACUUCAAACUUCUCAGCAGAGGGAGGAGUUUAGCGCAUUCUCUGUGUGACAGCUGAAGAUUACAUACGUUUAACCGAAUCAUUGUGACAUGGUGUCUACUUAAAAUAUAUAAUAAAAACUUCCCAAGUUCUGGCGAUUUUGAAAAGGUGGCAUCAGUUUUCUCCUCCGCCAUUUUCGAUAGUUAUCUCCUAGUUCUCCGGUUGCAGCGGGGUCUCAAGUGCUUGUUUCACUAACCGGAGUGCGUGUCCAAUUUAUACAGGGUGUUAGAGUGGAUGCAUGAAUUUUCACUAUGUUGGGAUCCCGUUGUUCUAAUAUAAUAUGUGACACGGGUGAUAUCUCGGAUUCGGUAGGUAUUCUAUUUAUAUAUAAAGGAAAAUGUUCUCAUCAUUACCAUAUUCCCAGCUGAGUAUACAGUUUAGGAGAAUUUGAUUAUUCCGCGGACUGAAGUGGCGGAAUCAGGUGGUUUCUGUAUCGGCUAAUUCUCCUCUAUUGAAUUUUCUGUUUUCGGUCUCGAAGACCUUUGAAGGAUGUUUUUUCAUUCUUCUCUCGAGAGGAACAAUAACACACUUGAAGUCAAUAUUGGUGAUUUUUCAAAGACAAUUAUCUCGCGGUCCGCGCUAUCGGCAUCAUCUGUGGUAACUAGUGCUCGUUCCCUGCAACGAUAUUAGUCAAUAUUCUUUCUAAACCAGUGUUCUGUUUCCCUGAAAAUUGCAAAUUAAUUUGGUAAAAGUUUCCGAUGUUGGAAAAAGUGGUUGUUUGGGAAUUUUAUAUUGCUCUCCUUGAUCCUGGAAGAAUAAGUUUAUUGAGUAAGUGUCCAACGCUUUGGGGAGUAUUUUGAUGAAAUUGGUAUUUCACACGAUAGUUUGAUCAGAAAAGGCUAUACAAACACUUUUUUGUUGCGUCAAAAUAUGCUAUGAAUCCUCCUGUAUCGAAUAAUUCACCUUCUUCGUUAUUGCAUUUAUGUGAGACUGGUCGCAGAUGUUUCAGGAAAAUUUUAUAUUCACAUUUUUCGUAUAUUGGAAAUCUUUAUUUUAAGCCACUUUGCGCCGAUAGUUGGAUAAGAAACGUCGCUGCCUGCUAAUUGCGGCAUUAAUUUAGGAGGUUUCGAAUUUCAAAGUCUUGGAAAACAGGAGAAAUGUUUUUUUUAUUUGUCUUCUCGAUAAUUAUUACCAAGGUGACGAGAGGCGUUAAUUAUAUCGAUUUUCUGCAAAACUUCUAGGAACUAGAUAAAUUCGAAAUGACAGAUAGACGAAAAGAUUAAUUUAAGCCGUUUAUACAUCUGUACGAUCUACGUCUGGGAUCUGGUUUUUGGGCAUUAAUUAAGACCGGCCAGUCCACAUCGAUCCAGGAGGCCGAGCCUGGAUGAGAUAUUGUAUCGAACGCUUUCGGGAGAAAAAAAAAACACCACCAAGACUUGUGUGACUCAAGACUGAUUUCUUUGGAAGUCCAGGAAUAGAUCCCGGCGCGCACUGCGGAUGAAUGCCGGAACAACUGACGGAGAUAAUUUGCCGAUUGAAAAGUAUACAAUCAUAUUAGUGGAAAUUGUUGCGAUUUAAAGAGAACUUGUAAAGAGCCUUGAGAAUAGUGUUUUUGUGAUCCUUUUUAAACCGAACUUAUAGCUAACUAUUGAAAUAUUAUUACCUACUGACAUGCGCAAACGUACCUUGUACAAUCAUCCGAAUUCUGUUUAUUGUAUUGAUACAUAACAGAGUAUGUCACAGGACUGACAUUUGGAAAGUUUUAUUCAUAUCAGGAAACAAUAGCUUUUCUUUUGGAUAAUUUGAUGGGUUUGACAUUCGUAUCAUUGUGUGAUGUGUUAGAGAGGAUUAAACAUGUCUAUCAGUAACUGUGGACAAGUGAUCUGCCAUACACCGGUCACUGUCUUUGGUUCUAAUAACGGGAAAACCUCGUCGAAAUGUUCUAAAGACACAACAUAUUGUCCGUCUGGUCAUUAUUAUGAGGCCUGUGCCCAGGAUAAAGGUGCCCGCUGUGUUCAGUGCGACUCCAGGUCCUAUCAGCCCGACAGAAAUGGACCACUGGACAAAUGUAAAACAAAGACGACUUGUGAUCGCCGCCACAUGGAGUACGCUGACCGGGGAAGCACGGUUAGGGACGCUAAAUGUCGAUGUUCUCCGGGAUACCACUUCCUAAAUUCUGACCACACCCACUGUGUCGGAAACACGGUGUGCCCCGUGGGAAAGGGACAAACAGAUUAUGGACAAUGUGAAGAUUGUCACAAACGUAACAUGUACUCGGACAGGGCGGAUACAGUACAGCGAUGUCAAGUACUCAGAAAUUGUGAGAAAGAAAACCGCUGCACAAAACGGCGCAGUAACGGGACCUUCAAUAAUGAAUGUGAUUUGCCCACAAAAGAUAUAUCAAACUGCACGGACCCCCGACCAAUGACCGACCAGCAGAAGGCUCUGCAGUCGAGGACCGCAGCCCCCAUCUUCGCAGGCGCAGCAGUCGGUGCCAUUGUUCUCCUCGUCUUGAUCUUCUUCCUGAUCAUGUUCUUACUAUGGAAACGUCGUCGCGCGCAGUCGAAGGAGGACGCACUCUCCAGGGACCAGAUAGAAAGUUUAUUAGAAAGAAUUGUCACCCGGUCAGAGGGAGAUGAACCUUACAGUAGAAAAGUUAUCGCUGCGGCCUUCCGUGAGAUUGAGGACAGAAUAGACCGUCAGAUCUGGAAGCUUCCACAGGAAUUAUUCAGAGAACACAUGCAGCCCGCCAUGUAUGAGGUCAUCGUGGAAAAAUACAAAGAAAAAGACCACAAAUACGCCAUAAACGGGUACCUCCAGGAUUGGAGAGAAUGGAAGGGAGAGAACUCAGAGGCUAUCAAUCAUCUGUUUAAGUGUCUUAGACUGGUAGAGAGAGAGGACAUUGUGUAUGAAAUCUGCAAUAAAUUCAGAGAAGGUUACCCAGAGGUUGUUAUGGACGCAGAAGUCAAGCUAGACAAUGGAAUCGUCAAGAAAAGAAGCGACAAGAUCACUUUCAAAGAGUAUCUCCAUGAAACUCUAUGUUGUUCAUCGAAACGUAAGCGCUAUGUCGAAAAGGAUGAACCAAUGGAAACACAGGACUCCUUAUUGUCUCCACAAGAUGCGAAAGCAAAGGAAGCGGAAGUGAACGAGAAAGAUAAAAUAAGUGAACCUGAUGACGUUCCGCCGUUGUCACCCUCUGAAGCCGGUGCUAUAUAUAGAGAAAGACCAAGCCCCAGUGCCCCCGUCAUUGAUGACGCAGGAAACGUACACGUCAUAAUUCCCAUGAACAGAGCUUAUUCGUUUCCGGUUCAAGCAAGUUCGUGAUCGCAUCUUAUGAAAUUGUAAACAAGGUGCAAUUUACAGCAUCAAAUGCUUUAAUGUGCAAUGAUCACUGCAUUCCGAGUGUGUUCAUGGAGGGUGAAAAAUGUAUUUUAAACAAUUUUGGGCAUUAAGUCUUUCAUUAAGAAUGGGAGCAGCCCUGCCUCAUGAAAGCUCGUUUACUUUCGGUACAGUACAAAGCACGCCACGUGUAUGUGUGUGUAAAUCGACUUUGUUUUAUGUGGACAUGGACUUUCAUGGUGAAUUUUAUUUUGAUAUUCGAUGUAGUUGCUUUCCAAUAUGGCGUGAAAGGCAUUGCAAUACUUAAAUACUGACAACGAGAUUGUGUGUAUGCCAUGACCUUAGAUUCUACAUUGAGGCAGAAUAUUCAAUAUAACUUGUUUCAUGUUCAUUUUGUUUAAUGAGAUCUGAGGUGGCUAUUCCAUAUAGAUUGCGCUGGUGCUGUGGUCUAAUCAUUAUCUAAAUUAUUCUUGAUAAGAUAUUUAAUUAUAGUAAUAACAGCAAUAUUCUGGUGUGGGAUUAUGGAUGAUAAACGAUAUUCGCCAUUUUGUUGCCAAAGAAACAAUUUAUCAGUAACUGAUAUGAAACCGUUUAUUCCAUGGUUUCUCAUUAAGUCGGGUUAAAAUCCUUAAUCAAUGCGUUGUCGUCGUGUUAUCUAUUACAAUUUACAUCGUACAGCACGAAAGCUCGUGUUAAGUAUGUAAUCUGGCAGAAUCAUUGCCACCCUUGCAGCAGAAAUUAAAAUCCAUAGAUGGAAACGACACAGAUUUAGAUUUGUUUUGACAGCAUGUAAUUUUUUUUUUGUCAUCGAUAACCGAGGGAGCUUGGUAUCAAGGGAGUUUUACAUACUUAACACAAUUCUUCGUUCACAGAUCAAUGGUGUUUUUAAAAAAAAAAUGAAAUUAAUAUAUUGUUACAUACACUGCUGUUGCAAGUGCUUACUAGUAUUCUUUUGGCUGUUGUAGUUUAGUGCUGUGUGAAAAAGAAGCAAUUUAUCAUAUUCAAUUCAUGUAUGUAUCUUUUUUAUUGACAUAAUCAAAUUCAUUGACGAAUGACUUAAUUCAACUAGCUAAAUAAAAUGUGUAUUUUAAUA